AUGACCAAGGAACGUUAUAACCCUCCCCCAGGACCCCCACCUGGUUGGAGCAAGAAGCAAGAAGCAGCAUCAGAAUCAUCGUAUGCACCUCCUCCUGGUCCACCACCUGGCUACCAAAGGCACGAUGAAAAGGCUAGCAUGAGUGAACAAUACGCGCCCCCUCCAGGGCCUCCUCCAAAUCAUUACAAUGAAGACCCCUUGGACCAAACCGCUCCGCCGGAUUACGCCCCAUGGCUGUCAGUACCGGACACAAGCUUACUGCCACCUGCUCCUGCCGUGACUCACGAUACCUCUCCGACUGCCAAUGCAACUGAAUUUUCGGCUGAGCAGGCAAAGCAGUGGUGUAGCCGUAAUCCUCUGUAUUCAGCAGGUCAGAUUCCUGCCUCGGUUCAUGAGGACUUCCGCCUUCAUGGUUUCACCUUCAGCCAGCCGUCACCACACUUCACAGGUGAGCUGAAGAGAGCAAUGCGUCAACACAAUAGCUGGUCGGUCCGCACACGUAGGAACUGCCAAGACUGUAUCCUCACCACGUCGGCUCCGCUCUACUCGGCGGCUCUCAACGACCCUUUGAGAAACAAUGGAAGGCCUUUCACCAUCUACUUUGAGGUCCGUGUUACACGUAUGGGAUCUGAUUCGGGGGACGAAGGUGACGCCGGAAUCGCUAUUGGAUUCGUUGCACCUCCUUACCCGACAUUCCGCCUUCCUGGGUGGGAAAGAGCUAGCCUUGGAGUGCACGGCGAUGAUGGGCGUCGUUACAUUGAUGAUGACGGUGGUGGUCAAGACUUUACCACGUACUUCAAGAACGGAGAGACUGUUGGAAUCGGUAUGCAUAUCAGACCGGCGCAGUUCCCUGGUCGAAGAAGGGACGUCGAGGUCUUCUUCACAAGAGAAGGGCAGAAGGAAGGAGGAUGGAACAUGUACGAGGAGCGAGAUGGAGAUGACUGUGGCAGCAUCGUUGGACUCGAGGGAGACCACGACCUGAUGGCAGCAGUGGGCAUGUUCGGACAGGUUGAUUUUGAGGUCAGAUUCAGGCGCGAGGAGUGGCUGUACCGCGCGUAG